GGUCAGGACAGACUGGACAUACAAAGUCCUGUGCGUCUGCCAUCGCUUUAUGCUCCGUCCACUGUCAGGACUCUUUCUGACUGCAUCGAUGUGAACAAAAAGGCAGACUCUACUGAGAAUGCCUCUAAACCACUUGCAGCAUGUUGUGCUUCUGGAAAUACUUUGGAAACUACUGGCAUUUCAUUCAUGGGAAACCAUCAUCUCCGUCCGCUCGUGUCCGAAAAUCAUCACCCUAUGGCUAGUGAGCCAGGAGUUCUGGAUUACAUUCACUCGGACACUGCAUCUCCGCCCAUCGAUGAUGAUUCACAUUCAUCUGUUCUCAAGCAAACUACAGAUCUGACUUUACCCACCACUCUUGCAGCCAAACCCAAUUCUGAAAUACAGGAACAUCACAAAGUUGCAUGGGCCAACUUUUGUCUUUUGUUGCUUGAUGUUGAUGGUGUAGACCAUCUGAACAUGGGAAAUCAACCCCAUACUCGCACCAAACACCGCAAGAUAUCUCCUGCUGUUGAUGAGGUCAUGUAUCUAUCCCAGACUCAUCACAAACAAACUGAUCGCUGGAUCACCAAGGACGUCAAUCCAUAAAAGCAUUUCCUUGUUCUAUCAUUACGUCUGGCCAUAGUUGCAUACUUUAUCGGGUUUUAUUCCACCAUGUGUUGCUCAAAACGCACUAUUUUAACUUAUCCUCUAUUAUCACUUUUAAACAAUUGAUUCAUAACUCGCAACU